AUGAAUAAGAGAGAAGUGAAGUUAUUCGAUAUAGCUAAAAGAUUCAGAAAUCUUAAGUAUAAGCUAACUAACUUUUACGAAUACUAGUUAAAGGUUAAUUAUAAGCAUAUAUUGAUAGUAGGAGAUACUCAUACAUUCUUGGGUUAAGAAGUCAUUAAUAGAUUUAAAGAAACUUGGUAGAUUGCUAACAUAGAUUCUAAGAUUAAUGAUUAAUGCAAUUUCAAUUUCUAAAUGUAAUUUAAUGAAGCCAACAGACCUCCUCUAAGUAAGGAAUAGGUUGAGCAAUUAGAAGAAAAAUUAUAAGCAUUUUCUAAACACUAUGAAUGCAUUUUGUUCCUUCCUUAACAAUAUAACAUUAAAAAUGAUAUUAAAAAUGAAUCUAUUUUCUAAGAGUAUGAAUAAGAAAGAGCUUCUAAUGUAGAACCUGCAAUUUUAGCUUCUUAUUUGGCUACCAAAUAUUUAACCAAUAACGGGUCUUUAAUAUUCUUAGGAGAUUAUUAAAGUUUUUCAAAUCCUAGUUAAGAAUAAAUUACUUAUGGCUUAGCAUAAAAUUAAAUAAAUUUAUUAAAUCUUAAUCUUGGUGAUAGAGAGCUUAUAAGUGUGGAUUCAUUCACAUUAAAUCUCUUACAAAAUGAAAAAUAAGAAGAUCAAGAAUAAUACGAAAAAGAAACUUAGUAAAUUGCUAACUAUAUUAAAAAAUGGGCAGAUGGUCUUUCUAGACCUAUUAGUGGAACUUUUGUUAAAUUUAAUAAUAAAAAUGGAAUUAUAUAUCCUGAACUUUUAUGA